UCUUCACAUCUGCUCGCACGCGGACCAGGCUGUGGUGGCUUGCUGAACACCGGGGUCAGAGUGGGUGGGUAGCAGGCGGGAUCACAGAGCCUCGAGAGAAAAGAAAAGUUUAUCUAAGCACUGCAGUUUCCUCAGUGGCUAAGGAGACCAUGGCCUCUCUGUGAACCAUAGAGGCUCAGCCACCAACUGACUGGAUCUGCAGGAGAUGAUUACCAGGCAUAUCUCCUGGUUUUGUGGAUAAAACUGUGUCUAUAUCUGUGAGCGAAUAUGGGGGACUGGAACUCGUUGGGGAAGCUGCUGGAAAGCGCCCAGGAACACUCCACUGUUGUGGGCAAAGUCUGGCUCACAGUGCUGUUUAUCUUCCGCAUCCUGGUGCUGGGAGCCGCCGCUGAGAAGGUGUGGGGCGACGAGCAGUCCGGCUUCACGUGUGACACCAAGCAGCCCGGUUGUCAGAACGUCUGCUAUGACAAGACCUUCCCUAUUUCUCACAUCCGCUUCUGGUCAAUGCAGAUCAUCUUUGUCUCAACGCCAACUCUCAUUUAUCUCGGCCACAUCCUUCAUCUAGUCCGCAUGGAGGAAAAGGAAAAACAGAAAGAGAAAGACCUUGCAAUGCAGAGUGAAAAGCAAACCCAGCAAUUACAUGUCACUAAAGCCAAGAAGGCCUCAAUUAAAGACAACCAGGGCCAUGUUCGCUUGAAAGGCGCACUCUUGCGUACCUACGUCUUCAACAUUAUUUUCAAGACACUUUUUGAGGUGUUCUUUAUUGUAGCUCAGUACUUCCUGUAUGGUUUUGAGCUCAGGCCCAUGUACACCUGCGACCGCUGGCCUUGCCCCAACAUGGUGAACUGCUACAUCUCCAGACCUACUGAGAAGACGGUCUUCAUCAUCUUCAUGUUGGCCGUGGCCUGCGUCUCUCUGCUGCUCAACCUGGUGGAAAUUUACCAUCUAGGUUUCAAAAAGUGCCAGCAGGGCCUCCGUUACAGACGAUCACAUGCUGCCAAUGAGGCUUCCAAGACCCUAACUGAUGUCAUACCCUAUGUCCCAGAAUAUAGCUACUUUUCUGGGCAUCAUGCAGUGCCUGGAGCUUUCCACACGGAGCAAACCUCAGCCUUCAGCCCCUACAGCAGCAAAGUGGUCUUCAAGCAGAACAGAGACAAUAUGGCGGUGGAGAAAGGUCAAGAAGAGGAAGAUGAUGCGGAGGAGAAUAAACUCGCCAGACAUGCCUUAUUAGAGUUGCAAAAUCAGCAUAGGAACAGUUGUCAGUCAAGCAGGCAGAGCAGUCACAGGAGCCGGAUGGAUGGCCUGAAUAUUUAGAGACCUUCUAUGCGUUUCAUCAGAGAUUCAGGAACAACAUGCAUUUGCCUGUGAAAAUAUUUGCAUGUGUAUGGAAGACUAUUAUGGACAAAACUAUUAGGUGACUGCAUACCAAAAUGUAGCCGUGAUAUUGACUCAAAUGUAAGAGGGCUUUACAAACAAGCUUUGAAUGACAUACCCAUAAAUGGCUCCUAUGGUCAAAUUUCUCAGGGUUAAAUAUGGCGACACAUAAAUAAUGGGGUUCUUCUUUCACUAAGAGUUAGAUAUUCUUUGUUUGUCUUGAAAGACCGUCCCGUGUUAACAACUCUGCUCAUGCAUUUUCUGAAAUGUCAACUUGACUUCAAAAUAGUUUUCAACUCACUCUGUAUUUUUGAAUUGAUGAUCUUCCAUUUUUGUGGGUGAUUAAGUAUACAAGCAAUUGACUUCCUGAAAAGCAUGCAAGAGAUAUCAAAAGCAAAAAUGUGUUUUUAAACAAAAAUGAACCUCUUCAUUAUA